UCCGCGGGGGCAGAAGGCAGUGAUAAAAGCGGGGAUAAAGAGCUUUGGCGAUAAAAAGCGACUCUCACAAUUGAAAAGAUUAGCCAUGGCUCGUUUCUUUUCUCUGCUUGCUUUGCUUUUCGCCGCCGCCCUGGCCAACGAAUCUGCAACCAAGCAAGAAGAGUUUAAUUUUCGCCAGGAAAUGUUGAAGAAUUUGAACAGAACAAACGAAAAGCUGGAAAAAUUGAUGACAAUCAUCUUCGAUCAGGUUUUGGAGACGCGGAAGGUGGCCGAGGAGCAGACCAAAUUGGCCAAUCAGACUCUGGAAAAUACGAAGCAACAAAAUCAAAAGCUGGAAGAACUAUCCAGAAUCGCCGAUCGCCACUUUCAGUCCUUUAUGGCCAACUGCAACGUCGCUCGUUUGGCGACGAAUGUAGUAACCCUGUCUAACGGCAAGAACUACUAUUUCGAUACAAAUGCUAAAACGUGGGCCGGAGCAAAAGAUUUUUGCACUCAAAAGGGCCUCCAGUUGGCUUCAAUUGCAGAUGAAAAUGACGUAAAAGUGGUCGGAGCAUUAGGUCACAAUUUGUGGGUUUCGGCGAAAAGCGAAGGAAGUGGAAGUCAAAAGGUCUUCCGUUGGCAGGACGGGACCAAGUUGGAGUUGAACAGUUCGUUGUGGAAGGAGGACGCGGACAAGACGCAGGAGUGCGUCCGCAUCUAUAAUUGGUCCGGCGGCACAUUGAACAGCCAUUCGUGCACUGAUUUGCGACCUUUCAUUUGCCAAAUGCCAAGCGAAUGCGUCUCAGAAUCGACUUGAAUCAGAUUUGAAGGAUUUCAAUGAUUAUUUUUUUCAAUUAAUCUUCGGGUUGAAAUAUAAAAAAAAGUUUUUAGCCCACAAUAAUACGAUUCAAUCUUUGAGGGGGAAAAACGGUUGAUUUUAAAUGUUUGAACAAUACUGUAUGAUUAAAAUCAGAAUUAAAACUUUGCAUAAUUAAAGAAAAACAAAUCUUUCUUCAUAUAAGAUCCGAAUCUAAGUUUUUUUUUUGGUCACAAAUCUGGUCAGGUUUGUUGAAAUAAACAAGAAAUACUUUAAAUUUUUAGUCCUGAACCCAUUCACGAAAUUCACUCAAAUUUAACAUUCCUUUCAGAUGAACUAAUGGAAAGAUCAGAAAAAAAACGUAUCUGAUACUUGGCCUUUUCACCCGAUAAAUUGUUUUUGAGCCCUUUUAAGUCUGCAUACAUUUUGCUUUUUAAUUUUCCCAACUCUUGGGCGAACCAAAAGCCCAUUUUAACUGUUUUAAAAUGCAGACUAAAUUAUCCUAGGCCACACGUAAGGCCCCUUGAAGUUAUCCCUAGGGUCAUCAGCAAAACCAAUUCAGGCAAACCGAGGUAAAAAUUGUACAAAUUACAAUUUUUAACCCCCUUUUUAAAGAUUUUUUACAAAUAUUCCUUCAUUGCCAGAGUUUUUUUUAUCCCAAUUUCAUUACCAGAUUAAUUUAAUUCGGCUUUUGCAUAAUGAAGAGACUCGAGAUGUUUGUUUGUUUUGCGGGGGCAGAGGGCAGUGAUAAAAGCGGCAAUAAAAGGCGAUUCGAGAGCGACACACAAGUAAAUUUAAGACCGACCAUGGCUCGUUUUAUUUUAAUGAUCGUUUUGCUCGUUACCGCCGCCCUGGCCAACGAAUCUUCAAUAAAUAAGCAACAGAAUCAAAAUCUGGACGGAUUUUCCAAAGUCAUGGAGCGGCUCCUUCAGCUGGUUGAAAUUAAAUUCUCAGCCCAAUGCAUUCUCGCUCGUUCGGCAAAUUUGAAGAUGUUGUCCAACGGCAAGAUGUACCACUUCAAAAAAACUGAUAAAACGUGGUCCAGAGCGAACGAGUUGUGCACUCACAUGGGCCUCCACAUGGCCACAAUCGCAGAUCCGACCGAGGCACACCUCCUCUAUGAAGAAGGACACUUUAAUUAUGCUGUUCGCAAUUGGUGGGUUUCGGCGAAAAACCAAGAACCGAGGGGAAGUGAAAAGGUCUUCCACUGGCACGACGGGACCAAGUUGGAGUUGGACAGUCCCUUGUGGUGGGAUGAAGCGGACAAGACCGAAGACUGCGUCCAAAUCACAUACUGGGAAAAUGGAAAGUUGAACACUUUCCGAUGCACCGGAACUUCCAACGUACUCUGCGAACUUCCGAGCAAAUGCUACUGACUCAUUUCCAAUCAAAUGAUUCUUCAGAAAGCAAAAUUUAUAAUGUUUUUAUUAAAAUAUUUUCAUUUAGUAUGUUUAUUUUUUCCACAUUGUUUGCAAGAACAGGAUUUGUUGGUCAAAACUAAAUUUAAAGGGAAUUUAAAAUUAUUUAGCAUACAAUAAAGACAAUUAUUUCUUCAUAAUUUCAACUAAAUUAGUUUUACCUCAAAUUAACGCUUCCCCAAAUCUACCCUGGUAAAAAACGGCAAAUCAUGUUUUGUCUCAAUUUCUAUUAAAUGAAAUUUAAUUAUAAAUGUAAUUCAAUAUGUAAUCAAUGUGAAAACUGACGAGAUGUAUAACUAAAUUUAACAGCACAUCAAAUAAUAAACACCCCUAUGGAACGGAUACAUAUAAAAAUAAAAAGAUUUCAAGUGUUCAAAAAAAUUAUUUUUCCAUGUACCACAUUGGUCGUGUAAAAUUCAAUUUUUGAAUUAAUUUAUUGACUCGAUUUUGAACAAAAUUUAGCAGCAGAAUUAAAAUUGCCGGGGCCAAGUUAGGAAAUUAAUUUCAUCUUGAUAAAACUUGAAAACCUUUAAUUUACUUCAAGAUAUGCUUUUUAAAAUCCAAGAUGACGCUUCUUAGAUUGCUACAACUUGCUACACAAAUUUUGGAAAUUUUCUUCUUCAAAAAUUAAUU